AAUUAUAAAAUAAAUGCCAUUUUAGCUUUUCUAGGGGCUCUGUUAGUUGAUGGCCACAAUGAAAAAUGGAAGCCAAGAUGAUCUGGUAACCGGCACGCUUCAUAAGCGCAAGAGCUCGAAAGAAUGGCUGGAACCACAGUCGCUUUCUUUUAUGGAGGCUUUAGCUAAAGAAGACACUGAUGCAGCUGUUCAGUCAAUAUUAUAUAGAGAAAAUUAUGUAAUGAAGGAACUAGAUAAAUAUUUAUAUCAUCAUGACUUCUUAAAUGCAAGAAGAAAAGAGAUGUUGUAUAAAAAGUGGGUUGAGUGUGUGGCAGAUCCUCUACAGAAGAAAAUUAUAGAAAAAGUUUGUUCACAUAAGAAGAUUAAAAAGAGGAGACGACAAGAAUUAGACAAUUUUUUGAGAUACGUAAAUAAGAAGGAAACUGCAUUUAUAGAGCAUUAUGAUCCAAAAGAGUAUGAUCCAUUUUAUAUGAGCAAGGAGGACCCCAAUUUUCUGAAGGUUAUCAUGCCACCAUUUCGUGAUCCUCUGAAAAAAGCACAAUAUGACAAGGAUAAUGAAAAGAGAACUCUUCUUCAGUGUGAGACUGGCAAAAUCUAUACAAUGAAAGAAUUUAAAGAGAUCGAGAAGGCCCAAUUGCAUUCCAGGUUCCCGAGUAUUUCUAAUUCAAGGCAAUGCAUGACUCCAAAUGAAUGGCUUAAAGUGCCCAUGAGAUAUAUAGAAAGUGAAUUUUGUAAAAAGAGCAGGGUCAAAGUGAAGGCGAAUUUUAAUGCCAGUACUUUGGAUCUGAAUCCACUGAAAAGGGUACCUACUUUUCUGGAAUCCCAGGAGGAAGAAAAGACGGUCAGUCACAAAAACAAAGGGCUCUCCUCUCUGGACAGUGAAGCUCUGUGUCUCCAGGAGGGAAAGAACCCAAGUUCUAAAGGGAUCAAUUCUGAAGGUCACCAUUCUGCAGACCUCUGCCAGGAAGUAGAAAGGGAUGGGAACCAUGAUGUGGUGAGUGCUAACCAGGAUGCCAUGAGAGCUGAAACAGUUAGUCCCAUUUUGGACGUUGGUGUCGCAGGCUUGCCAGACCGCGUGGCCUUGCUUCGCGCUCGGACUGGGGCAGAGACACCACCCACCGGAACUGACUGA